GUGCCCUCUGCUCCGGCCAACGGGAGGCCCUGAUGCGCCGCCGGGUCCCCCGAGGGCUGGCAGGCGGAGUUUCCCCGCCGACGCACUUGCCAGCCGAGAGCACGGUAGAGGCAAGAGUGGAGCCCAAGACGGGCUAAACAGAACGUGAAAGCGUGAGGGAAACGAAAAGACAACGGGUUAUAGCGUGAAAACAAGAAGGAGGAGGCGAUCGGAAGCGGAGACGAGCAGAACGAAGUGCCUCGGGCGCUCGGCUGCCUACGGGCGCCCGCGAGGAUUAUGGGACUUGUAGUUUCAGCCGGCUUUAGAGUGGGAGGUGGCGCUGUGCUCCGGCGGCGCACGCGCAUCCCCUGCGCGCACGCCGCUCGGGGGCGGGGCUUGUCGGUGUCCUCGCGCCUUCUCUAGGUGGCGGGAAAAGCAGUGGCGUGUGCGGGAUGGCCGCGCCUCAUCCUUAGGUCCUCGUCGCCCCGGAAGAGGCAAGGGAAGUGUAAUCUCUGCUGAAUGAUGGCAACAUUACGGAAUAACGAAGAAUAUGAAAAGGGAACAAAGAAAACCUUUGCUCCACCUACACAAAAAUCACAUAAUGUGAAAACUCAGGCUGACUCAUGGAAGGAGGACACCCAGGGGACCAGUUCUCCAGAGGCAGAGGCCAAGCCAAGCCAGCCCAAAACUAGCUCAAAGAAGGAGCAGAAGACAACCACAGAGCACGGUCCAAGCAGGGGCCAGAAGAAGCGAAAGGCUCAAGACAAGCCAGCGGAGAAGAAAGGAAAGGAAAAACAAACACUUACCGAUGCAGAAUUUGAGGAGAUUUUCCAGACUGUACUACGGAAGUCCCUGCAGGAGUACUUGGAGACUUCCUGUGUCCAACCCAUAAUACCUACUAAAUCAGACAAAGAACCAGGAAUUACUUCUCCUGCCACUGAUAAUGAAAGUGCUGAUGGGGAGAAGGUCAUAGUACCAGAUACUCCAGAGAUUGCAUCUUCUCUAGAAGAGGAUGUGAACUCUGAGAUUAGGACAUCUAAGCCAGGCCAGCUGGCUGCUGAACCCUCUAAGAAGAAAAUUAAUAGACUUUCUUUAAGCAAAAGGAAGAAGAAAGCUGAAGAUGAGAAAAUGGAUGAAAUCCAAGAUGAGUGCAGUCUGAAAGACAAGCAGAAGACAAUGAUUCAGGGUCCUUCUCAGAUCAGGGAUCAGCAGGAAGAAGAAGAAAAGGAAGGUGGUUUCGGACAGUGUCUCAUCUGGGUCCAGUGUUCCUCUGCAAAGUGUGAGAAAUGGAGGCAGCUCCGUGGUGACAUUGAUCCCUCAGUUCUCCCAGAUAAUUGGUCUUGUGAUCAGAAUCCAGACCUGAAUUACAAUCGCUGUGAUAUUCCUGAGGAGACCUGGACAGGGUGUGAGAGCGAUGUGGCCUAUGCCUCCUAUGUUCCAGGAUCCAUCAUCUGGGCCAAGCAAUACGGUUACCCCUGGUGGCCAGGCAUGAUAGAAACCGAUCCUGACCUGGGGGAGUAUUUUCUCUUUGCUUCUCAUCUUGAUUCCUUGCCGUCCAAGUACCAUGUGACAUAUUUUGGAGAAACAGUUUCUCGUGCGUGGAUCCCAGUCAGCAUGCUGAAGAACUUCCAGGAGCUGUCCCUGGAGCUAGCCAGAGGGAAAAAAUGCAGGAACAAGGACUACAACCAGAAACUGGAGGCAGCCAUAGCAAUGGCUCACAAGGCAGAACAGAUCAGUAUUCAGGAGCGGGUUAGCGUGUUUGGUUUCUGGAGUCGAUACAAUGGAUCUGACAGCAGUGGGGAAGGGAAAGAUUUGAUGCUCCGUGAGUCCCACAGCCCCGAGUCUUGUCUGGAGAAAGAGAAGGACUCAGAGGAGGAGAAAGAAGAGACGAAAGACCCAACUUUGCCUAGACCCAAGGCAGCUAAAACACAGACCAAAAAAAUCAAGUCCAGAGGCCCAGCAGGAGGACAAGAUGGGCCUCCAAAAGAGGAGAUCGUGAAGACGGCUGCGGGCAGUGAGUCCACAGGCCCUCCUGCACCCGUGCCAGGAGGGAAAGAAGAACAGGGGGACUCAGAGCUGGACCACCCAGGCCCUAAAAAGAAAUUUAAGGCUCCCAAAAGCAAGGCCUCAGCUACCACCUUACUUGAGGAGAAAGAAAUUAAAAUUGUGUCCAAGUGCUCGACCCCACCAGCUGUCCAUGGGGCUUGUCCAUUGGGAAAGGAAGGUGCUGGACCUCAGGAGCCCCUGACACGGGAGGCAGCACUCUUCCCCCUUGACGAUGAUGGUUCCAGUGACCUGGACUUGGAGCAACUCAUGGAAGACAUUGGAGAGCCAGAGGAGAGAGGGGAUUCGCAGCAGAGGGACGGCUCAGAGGGGUUCCUGGCAGCCCUCUUUGAGGAGUAGUGUGUUCUGGUACUCCUACUGUUGUCUGCCUCUUAGCAUUUGAGCAGCUGUAGAAUGUCGGGGUUGUUGACAUGGUUCAAGUCAGAACUGUGCAGCCUGUAUUAAUAAAACUGGUCUUGGGGGCUA